UUAAGCGAGCCGUCGUCGUAAAUCGAAUCCCAAUUUCUCAUAUAUUUAGUAUCAUAAAUAGAGGUUCUGUUCUAGUCUUAAGUAUAAUUGUAAAUUACAGUAAAAAAUUAGAAAUAUAGUCAAACCUGUGAAGAAGGACACCAACGGAAACAUUUGGCCAACGUUUAAAAGUUGUUUUCUAUGCAAUUUUGCUUAAUUAAAAAAAAUCGUGAAAGAUGGCCACUGUUUGGAGGUGGUCGUUGUUGCAGGUUGGACUGUAUACAGGUGAUCAACUGUAACAAAAACAUCUGCACUCUACAGAUCACGGAUACGACUGGAAGUCACCAAUUUCCAGCCAUGCAACGCCUUAACAUAUCGAAAGCCCACGCUUUCAUAUUGGUCUACUCCGUUACAACAAAUCAAAGCUUAGAGGAAUUGUCGUCGAUAUUUAACAUCAUUAAAGAAAUAAAAGGUAACAUCGAAGGAAUUCCCAUUAUGUUGGUUGGUAACAAAUGCGACGAAACCGAUUGUAGGGAGAUCGAUUUUCAAUUAGGUUUAGAUCAGGCGAUGAGAUGGGGGUGUGGUUUUAUGGAAACUUCAGCUAAAACAAAUUAUCACGUCAAAGAGUUAUUUCAGGAACUGUUAAACAUGGAAAGGAGAAGAAAAAUGGGUUACAGAGACAACAUGAAAAAUAAGUCGCGUGAUAGAAAAGAAAAAAUACUUAAAGGUUGCCUGUUGAUGUAAAACCAAAAAAAAAAAAACAAUCGCAUCUC